UCUGCGCCCUAGUUAACGUGUGUUCGUAAGUUUUUCAAGGUAAUAAUAAUUCAUUAAAAUAGCAAUAUUCUGCAUAUUGUAAUUAUUGUGGCGAUGUUUAAGUUAUUACAAGUUUCAAUAUCCAAGUUUCCUUCUUGUAAAUACUCGAAACAUGUCUCACUGUCGAGACAGUUGUAUGGAGGGGGACAUUUGUGUGAAGGGUCGUUUUAUUGUGUCUCACCGUGGAGAGGCGACAGUCGGCACGGUCCAUUCAGCAGGACAGCAAACGUAAAGUUUUACAGCACUGACGGAAAAGCUGCAGCUAGGCUCCGGGGUGAAGCACUUUCACAGAUGCACUCCUCGGUGGAACCAGACAAAGACGAAGAAUUUGUUUUUCUCGAUUUAUGUGAAUCUGUGGAGGACGAUGCCGAGCACGUUCCCGAGCUGAUGCAUGCAGCAGAGUCCAUAAAGGUGACAGACAGACCGACAAAAAUGACGGAAAUGGAACUGCGGCACAAAGAUUUGGAAUUACACCGUCGGUCUUUACAAGCUGUUACAGUUGAGCCGGCGGACAGAGAGUCCUGCAUUGAGUUCCACGACGUAGGAUUUCCUCUUAAAAGUGUAGAAUCUUCGAAAAAGAAGAAGGCUAAGAAGCAACAGAACGUUUACGGAACUCCAGACGCAACGGUGCCUGUCAGUCAGACAUGCUGCUCCGGCUGUGGUGCACUGAUGCACUGUAGUGCACCAGAGGUCCCUGGCUACCUGCCUAGUGAGAAGUAUACACAACUGAUGGAGGAAGGCACACUAAAUGCGGCAAUAUGCCAACGGUGCUUCCUGCUGAUACACCACCAGAAGGCCCUGAAUGUAACAAUGUCAAAAGAAGAAUACAGGAAGGUUGUCAGCAGGAUUAAGCCGGAGAAGGCACUUGUGCUGCUUAUUGUGGAUCUCCUCGACAUUCCGGACUCCAUCGUCUCUGACCUACCACAGCUUGUAGGCAAAAACAAACGCAUUGUGAUUUUGGGGAACAAAGUGGAUUUGCUGCCUGCAGACACAGAGAAUUACUUGCAGCGGAUCAAACGACAGCUGGCGCAGUAUUGUACCGAUGCGGGUAUCCCCACCAGUGACCACAAAGACAUUCAUCUCAUUAGUGCUAAAACAGGAUACGGCAUUGAGAACCUGAUCACGAGCCUGCAGACCUCCUGGAAGUACAAGGGUGAUGUGUAUCUGGUUGGUACUGCCAAUGCUGGCAAGUCCACUCUGUUUAACACCCUGCUUGAAUCUGAUUACUGCAAGUCGAGGGCGUCAGAUGUGAUCCACAAAGCCACAAUAUCUCCAUGGCCAGGAACGACAUUGAACUUGCUGAAGUUUCCCAUCAUCAACCCGACGGCACACCGGCUGCUGAGACGGGCGGAACGCCUACGUCAGGCAGCUCUACAGACAGAGGAGGACCUACAUCCAGAUGAGCUCAAGAGGAUCCAGCAGUUCCGUCGUCAAGGAUACCUAGUCGGCCGUGUCGGGAGGACCUUCCGAGUACAGCAGCCUUCCAGGAAAGACAUAGAGUUCGAUGCUGACAGUCUCAGUUUUGGAGUGGACAUGAAGGAUGACCACACUGGGAACUUAAGCCAUGAGCCCGCUGUGCAGAUGGAGCUUUCCUACAAUGAAAUCAAAGAUGCCCACUGGUUCUACGAUACCCCAGGCAUCAUGAAAGAGCGUGAUAUUCUUAGCCUGCUGACCGAACAGGAAGUGAAGACAGUGGUGCCUACGCAUGCCAUCAUCCCUAGGACAUUUGUACUGAAGCCUGGAAUGGUGUUAUUCCUGGGGGCUUUGGCACGUAUAGAUUACUUGGAGGGGGAUCACCUGUGCUGGUUUACCAUCAUCGCUUCUUCCCGAAUCCCAGUUCAUAUCACUAGUUUGGAGAAAGCUGAUAGCACCUACCAGAAGCAUGCUGGCCAUACGCUACUUGCUGUGCCCAUGGGUGGAGAAGAACGCAUGAAAGUGUUUCCCCCGCUCGUACCCCAAGACCUCGAGCUCCAGGGCCGCGGUCUCAACACAGCGGUGACGGACAUCAAACUCUCCGCAGCAGGUUGGGUUGCCGUGGCGGCAGCAGAAGGCGAGCGUGUCAUGCUGCGGGUACAUGCCCCGGAGGAGGCCGGGCUGCAUCUGCGGGACCCGCCUCUGCUCCCGCAAAUCGUCAACAUGAAGGGGAAUCGAGUCCGCAAGAGCCCCGCUUACAAAAGCAGGAAGCCACCGGCACUGUUCGACGCGAGUCUGUCCGCGCGAGGUGAGAGGAAGAGGAGAUGAGUGCAUGCAGCUCCCUGGGCCAAGCUCCGUAACCAGUGCACAGACAUCACGAGCAUGGCCCAAAGGUUAACAAGACUGCUGAUAAAUUUUAUAAGUGUGUUGGUCCUUAUGAGACAGGUGUGAAUGACCGCUGUACAUGUUGAAUGUAAAUCUUUCACUUCCCUGCCACUGAUGGUGUUGGUAGCCAUGUAACUACAGUUCAAUUGUAAAUAUAUAUAAAACUAUAAUCUAUUGUAAGAUUAUUUUCUUUGUUAUUAGUAACAUUAUGACUAAAGUUUUAACAAAAUUGUGGGGGUACAGUUUUUAUUGAAAUAUUGGUUGUUUACAUACAUAACGCUAAGACACCAACAAUUCUUUGAAAGAUCUAAAUUUCAAUUGAACACAUUUCAACUGAUAUAGUAUUACUACCCGUGUAUACUAAAUUGGCAACAGCACACUUACAUGAUUACAUGGCAUCUGUAAAAUAAAAUGUUAUUUCAGUUGCGAUUCUUAUACCUAUAGAAAGGGAAAAUAAGUGAAUGUGUACCAAGAAAUGAAAACGCAUUUACAGUAAAAGUAUCCAACAGUCUAAAAAUGCAUUGUCUACCAAUGACUGGCACAUACAUGCUAGGGGGAACUGUAGUUCUUACUUUGGUUUAAUAUCCAAUACACAAUAUUGCACUGAACUCGCUAAAGGUGUCAUUUUUCUCUUAUUUUAAAGAAUAUGGCAGAUAUCAAUUGAUACACCGAUUGAAAAUAAGGCCAUAUAUAACCGAAUACAUUUCAAAUACAGAUUAUACAGAUGACAUCAGCUUUGGAAUAGCAAAAAUUUCAAUUCAUAUAAUUCUGGUCUGCAGUAGUAUAGUCUGCAAUAUUUCACAAUUUGAUUCGCUUUUUAGGAACAGUAACAGGAGGAAAAAGGCUUAAAAUGUUCGUGAAAAAUGAAUGCACACUAUAAAAAAAAAAGUUGGAAAAAAAGAUUGUCAGAGGCAUCACAGAAAGAAGACAAAAAUUAAUUGAGUAAUAUGUACAGUCUCAGUAAAAUGGGCAAGAGGAGUAUGAAAUUCUUUGGACUAAAAAUAGAAGACUAGUGAAAAAGUAAAAAAAAAAAAAAAAAAAAA